AUGAAUCCUGACGCGCCACCCUUCAUCCCAACAUUUGCCCGUGGUAAAGCCAGCCGUCAAGUGUACACUCGCGCAACCCUAAAGAAUGUCGAGUUAGCUGUGAUCGAAAGCAUUUCCUCUGCUCCCUUGACUGACGCCCAGUCGACCCUGCGCACGCCGACGGACUUUGCCGCACUUCUAAAUCUUCCUUGCGCUAUUGAGUGGCUGGAUGUGGCUCAUGUGGUUUCUUUGGUGCGGCGUGGUCAGCGUCUCGCGCGCAAUGACCCGCCUCACGCAGCUUCUCCUGGCCAACGUGAGGAGAACACGCGUGGUAAACGUCCCUGUUGUAUUCAAUGUCGGCAAGGUCCGGAGGCGUGUCCGCUCAUCAGUGAGGUGGUUACCAACUCCGUGCGGCGUGCGACCUGUAGCCGUCUUGGGGCUGCGAUGCUUCAGUCGGGCGACGUUGUAUGGGGUUUGUUGCAGAUGGCUUUGGUUUUUGAGGCACGCCAAAGCUCCUUGCGGCUUCGCACACUAGCCGAACGACAUCCAGAAGUGGUGGACCGCAUUCGACAAUACCUCUGUGGGGAGGGGUAUCAUCUUCCGCUUCCCAGUGUCACUGCACAUGAGCAGUGGCAAGCUCUCAACUCAAUGCUGAAAUUUGACUGGAUCCGCGACAGUCGCACCCGGAUUUUUACAGAAAUUUCGAAACGAUGGAAGAAGCGUCACACGCAGUUUGAACAGUUUGUGCAUUUCUUUGAGUACCGUGAUGAUCGCCCUCUACACCCCGUGAAAAACAUGUUAACACAUUCUGCGAAGCCCGUGCUGGUUUCUGUUCUGUCUGGGGAUGUGCUUGCGGUGGUGUUGCUCGCGCGUCUUGGAUUUUUUGUGCCGCCUGACUACUACUGGGACAUCUUCCCCUUCUUUUCUCAAGCGUUGUUGAUGGGGAAUGGUGACGGGCAAAUGUAUCAUCUCAUGCGCCACCUGUGCCUGCACCUUGAGGAGCGGCAGCGCGCCCUCUGCCGUGACGUGUACAAUCCCAUUGCGCCCCCUCGGGUAAACACUCCUUGUGAACGGGCGUGA